GGAGUUUCUGGUUUCAAAGCUCAGGAAGGCAUGAGCCAGGGGAGGGGCCUCCAUGUAGGGGGAGGGCGGGAAGCUGGGGCAGGGCCCAAGUCAGCUAUGCAAUGCUGCACAAGCAGAGGCAACACAGAACAGAAAGGAUACCAACAGUGUCCUGAAACUUAGGGACGUGGACACUCCAGUUCUGACCACCUAAGAUACCACUCCUGCUGCAAAUAUAAUAACUCCAUUUGUCAUUCUUAGGCUUCUGCUUCUCCUGCACCCCAGAGAUGGAGCCACUAGUAGGAGUAAAAAUUGGCUGCCUGUUUGCCCUGCUGGCUCUCACUCUGGGCUGUGGCCUCAUUCCCAUCUGCUUCAAAUGGUUCCAGGCUGAAGCAGCCACAGGUCGUCACCGCCAGGUCCUCAGCCUCCUGGGCUGCACUUCUGCCGGUGUUUUCCUGGGAGCAGGGCUCAUGCACAUGACCGCUGAAGCUCUGGAGGGAAUUGAAUCAGAGAUCCAGAAGUUUGUGGUGCAGAACAGGACAGAAAGCGGAGGAAAUUCUUCUGAUGAUGCCGAUUCAGCUCAUUUUCACUGUUGUGUGUGUACCUUCAGCCUCACCCUUUAACAUCUCUUCAUGAGAUCCAGAAUUUUCAAGCUGAAACCAUAAGGUAAGGCUAUUUUCACUGUGUUCUUCUAGUUUUAUUCUCUUUCCUAUUGAAUCUUCUCUUAGCUAUCUUGGACUUCUUGUCCAUUAAGUCUGGGAAACACAUUCCUUGAGAAAGAAUGAAAGAGAAAAACAGAAAUCCUAAGCCUAAAGCAGACAAAAAGUAGGGAGUCUGUGGUUCAGCUUCUAUAAAAUCAACCCACCUCACCUCUGAGCUCUGCUCUUAAGAAUGGACAGGAGCAGCAGACCAUGAUAUUAGGACCUAUCUUCUAGUACAGCUACUGCAUAGAAUCACAAAGAACAACUGGAUUGUAAGACUGGGGAAACAGAAAGGAACCUGGGAACUGGGGAAAAUUGUUAAGAACAAUGCCAACCACAGGGGGGCACUGUGCCCUUUGGACUAGACUAGAAAGACCAGGACCAACAAACUAAGGUUAGUUAAGGACAAGCCCCCUCUCCCUAGCUCCCAGCAGAGAGCAUCCUUCCCUCUACCUAACAGAUUUCUUAUGCAUCUCCAUCUAUAGGAGAGACAUACAUAAUCACCACCCAUUUCACACACCCAC